UAUUAUAUAAACCGGAGCGAGUCUAACCUCAGCUCGUACAAAAUGGCGUCGAAAGGGAGAGAUUGUCGCCCUAUGUAAUAACCUCAUUACCAGCGUUUCCUUUUCACACAAACCCCAAGAACAUGUGCUAUUUGCUCCCUCAAUGCUCUCGUAGGAAAGACGUUUGUGGUGUAAAUGUGAAGUGAACUUACCCCCCAAGAUGGUAUCUGGGAGCGGGGGUCACAAUGGAGGGGCGGCAGGUGAGGGAGGAGCCGUGUUGGAGGAGGAGGAGGCCAUCAGAAUCUCCCUCACCCCCCACCUCCAUGCCCUCAUGAUGGCCUCACAUCGACGCAACUCCUGCUGUCCUCUGCUCUUCGAGAGGGCUGCCGACACUUGGUGGGAUCCUAGAUUUGAUAGUGAAAUCCUUGAGGGUCAGUACCAGAGAUCUUCUCUACCAACCCUGACAGUACGGUUCCGCUAUGCACUAAUAUAUGUUAUAGUGAGCAGUCUUACCUGGACUUUGUAUUGGGCAAUCUCACGAACUUCACACUGGCCUUCAUGUUUAGCUGUAGCUGUGACGCUAGCCUUCUCCUCAGUUUUUCAACUUAUUUAUACUCGGACAAAAAGUUACCAGAGCCACCAGAGGAUUGUAUCAAUAGUCAUGUCUGUCUCUUUGAUGUUGGUGAGCCUUCUGCCGUACUCCCUACACAGAUCCACUCCAAAUGAUGAUCUCUCGUCUGUAGGCAUGUUUGCCAUAUGUAUUGAAGUUUUGCUCCUGAUCUACACAGUGAUUCCCCUGCCCCUCUACUUAACUGUGAUCAUGUCUUUACUGUACACCGCCACAUUUGAAAUCCUGAAUGGGCUUAUUAUAGAGAGCGAGAUCAAACUGAUUUGUGUGCGUCUUGGACUGCACCUCUGCAUCCACCUGAUUGGUGCCCAUAUCAUGAUAAUGACACAAGUACGAAUGCGUGGCACUUUCAUGAGCAUCGGCCAGUCUCUCCUGGUGCGAAGACAGUUAGAAAUUGAGAAGACCCUAAAGGAAAAGAUGAUUCACUCAGUCAUGCCUCCAAAAGUCGCAGACUGGCUCAUGAAGGAAACUGCGGCAGAGGAGAACGACGAUGCCACACACUACAGGGAGGAUGGGGCUAUACUCAGACCGGUGUCAUCUCCACGGCCAUCUCACACGAGUGGUUUAGACUCUAUGUUCAGACCUUUCAACAUGCAUGGAAUGGACAAUGUUAGCAUUCUCUUUGCUGAUAUUGUUGGUUUCACCAGAAUGAGCUCAAACAAGACUGCCGAACAGCUCGUUGACUUGCUAAACGACCUGUUUGGCCGUUUUGAUGACCUCUGUCAGAAGCAUUGCUGUGAGAAGAUUAGCACCCUUGGGGAUUGCUACUAUAGUGUGAGUGGAUGCCCUGAACCCAGACCAGAUCAUGCUGAGUGCUGUGUAAAUAUGGGUCUGGCAAUGAUCGAAGCUAUCCGAGAAUUUGAUAUCGAUACCAACGAGGAUGUAAAUAUGCGUGUUGGGGUGCACACUGGGAAGGUGUUGUGCGGCAUUGUGGGUACCAAGAGAUUUAAAUUUGAUGUGUGGUCAAACGAUGUAACUUUAGCUAACCAGAUGGAAUCGACAGGAAAGCCGGGCCAGGUGCACAUAUCUGAUGCAACUCUGAGCUUCUUACCAAAAGAUAUGUACAUAAUUAUCGAGGGAUCGGAAGUGAAAGGCUACAAGACACACUUCAUAACAGGUUACAAAUUAAAGCCCAUAGACAGACGAGAAAAGUCCAACGAUCACUACAAUUCUCACAAGGAUAACAAGAAAGCCUCAAGCUUGCCAAACAUCCUGGACUGCGGGAAGGAAGCCGAUGGAAACGGCAACAUGAAAACCAAGCCAGACCUGGAGGGAACGAAAAGCAGGCGUUCUCUAGCGCCAGCGAUAGACCUCCCUCGCCUCAGAAUACCCAGACUGCCCAGGAGCUCAGAUAAAGCCAAAGUUAAAACUGCAUCUCUACCAAAGAUUGGAAGCAAACAGGAGAAUAACAAGUCUGCUGAAUGGAGCGAGCUGUGGAGUGGAGGAGACCUGGAGGAAGGCCUUGGACCAGGGUGUGGCAACAGCCUGCACCAGAUUUACCCGAGGAUACACUGGCUAUGCCACACCUACCGCGGGGAGGACUCCAGAACUCUUGGGGCAGCGUCACUGGCAAGGACCCCAGGAAGGACUCUGGCAUCAGAAGUAGACGGUCAAGCAUUCAGGCUCAGAUUUUUGCAAUUAAUGGUAUGAGUCCAGGAGACUUAUUAACACAUCGAGUCAGUGGCUAUUACACCUCCAGUCAGUCUUCUGUUGCUGAAAACAAACUGGCUGAGAUGGGGGAAAGCGUUAGUGGAGCCGAGCCAAGCAGCAUCCCCCUUAACGAGAGCCUAACUCGCUUCCACCAGCUUAGAAAACAGUCAGAUCUGGAGCUGAUCAAGUGUGUACAACGUGACACCAACCACCGGCAGUACAUCUUGGCUCCACCUCUCUCUCAGCUGACAUUAUUCUUUGUAGAUGAAGAGCUUGAAAAACAGUACCGGCAACAGACCCACCAGCCAAGACAUGACUCUCCCCCUACCUUAGCAUCUAGCCACUUCAAUACCUAUUUUGAUAUAUUGGUUAGUGUACUAGUUUAUAUUGUUGUCAGCUUCUCCCUCUUUGUUUUAUUUCCUUAUUCACAAGGCUGGCUUAUCCUCUGUUUGCUGUCCACAUGUUGGCACUUGCUGCUGUUAGUCGUCUGCUCACCACAAGUUGUACGUGGUGAGAAUUAUGUCUCAUCCUCAUCUCGAACCUACAGCCUGUACAGCAAAUUGACUCGGUGGCGCCCAUGGCAUGCAUGUGGGACGUCCCUCAUCUGUCUCCCUCUUGCGGCUGUUUUCUCAAACUUUUCCUGUGAGUCAAUGUGGGUCAGUGAUGAAAGAUACUCUUUGAAGUUCUUCUGCUUCUUAGCAUUUGUGGCAACAAUACACCUUUGUAACUUCACACAACUUAAUUGUUGGAUGAAGAAUAUUUUAGCAACCAUUGGGACAGUAGUUUUGUUGGUUCUGAUAGAGCCUUCCUUUUGUAGGGGAGAACAAAUUAACGGGAAUUUCACCAGCGAUAAUAUUACGGUAUCAGGACAUGAGGAAUACGAAAGCAUUGAAUACCGAGAGGAGGUAAUGGCAGCGGUAUUACUCCUUGUGCUGGUUUGGUUCCUCAACCGGGAAUUUGAGAUAAGCUACAGGUUAAGUUUCCAUGGAUCAGUAAUGGCCAUAAAGGAUAAGGUCAGAGUGCAGACAAUGAAGGAUCAGGCAGAGUGGCUGCUGCACAACAUCAUCCCAAGACAUGUGGCUGACUCCAUUAAAACUACUGCCAAAUACUCUGAAAACCACAAGGACGUAGCUGUCAUGUUUGCAUCCAUUGUAAACUUCAAUGAGCUUUAUGAUGAGGACUACCUUGGGGGGAAGGAGUAUCUCCGUGUUCUCAAUGAACUAGUCGCUGACAUGGACGAGCUCCUUUCGCAAGAUGAAUUCAAGAAUAUUGAGAAGAUCAAGACUAUAGGCAGUACUUACAUGGCGGCAGCAGGAUUAGAUGCCAAAGUCAGAGCUGAGAACACGGAUGCCCAUCAACACAUAUUUGAAUUGGUUGAGUUUGCCCUGGCCAUGCAGAAGGUUAUAGACGACUUCAACCAGGAUCUCAUUGAGUUCAACCUGAUCCUGCGUAUUGGCCUCAACUUUGGUGAUGUGACAGCUGGUGUCAUAGGCACUACCAAAUUAUACUAUGACAUUUGGGGAGAUGCAGUGAACAUAGCCUCGAGAAUGGACUCAACUGGGGUACCAGGACGCAUACAAGUAAGUGGUGCGUGUGCUGCCAUCCUCAACAGGCGCUAUGAACUGGAGCGCCGUGGACCAGUCUUUGUGAAGGGGAAGGACAACAUGGAUGUUUAUUUGCUCAAAGGGAGGAAGGAUGACACAUGAAGGGACUACAACAAGAACGUAAGGUUUUGGCUUUGUCAAGACAAGUUAACUGAUUCAGAAUAUCUUACUGAAUGUCUUGCAUUAGGUUAACAUUUCAUGGCCAUAGUUUCUCUGCUGGGAUGAGGAAUGUGAUUCAACCACAUGGUGUACAAUUGCAGUGCAGUCUUUAUGUAGAGAAACCUUCCCAUGGAAUAAGUUAUCCCACUGGGUUUAGUACUAAUAGUAGUGAAAAUAUAUGCAAAAGAAGACUGUGCAUGUUCACGUCUGUAUAAGUGAACUUCUAUGCACAGAAGUCAUCGUGUGAUAUAUCACCAGGAUCCAGAAAGUGAAGGCACUGCCUUGGAAGCUGUGCCUAGAAAUAGUUGCACUAAUAACGUUGAGAUUACAAUGCACAAAUUUGUACGCUCAAAACUAACGGCAUUGACAAACUUACAGUGGCAGGAAUAAAAUGUUAAAAAAAACUCUUUAACAAGCACAAAAUAACUGAAUUUUAGGCUUAAGGUUUUCAUAGGAUGCAGUUCCUGAGGAAAGGUUUGAAUGAUUAAAAAGAAAAUGUGUGUGGAGAAAAAAUUCUUCCCUUCAAGUAUGGGUUUGCUUAUAUUAUAUUAAUAACUAGUGUUUAUGAGUCAUAAAUGAAUUUUAUUAUAUGUUCCAUUAUUUGUAGAUAUUUACACACAAACACAUGUAUCCUUGUAGUUAUGUAAAUGUGUGAGGGGAUUAUGUGAGGUGUGCAAUUUAUUUAAGAAUUGUUUGCAACACUUGGUUCAGACGAAAAAUUCUAUCUUUUUGAAAUGCAAUAUAUUUAUUUGCCUUUUUUGACUCUGUCUACAAGACUAAGAAAAAGAUGAUAAUUUGUAGACAGUAAAUCAACAUUUGCUCUGCCAAUUAGAAAUAGAAUUUUUAAAAAAUAUGUUAGGAUAAUACUAAAGGGAUUUUAUAUUUGCCUGUAGAGUCACACCAAACCAUUACACCCACUCUUAUGGAAGCGACAAAAAGUGGUGUAAUGGCAGGCCUCUCCCAACCCAGUGCCAUUGUUCACUAUGAACAUUAGAGACAAGAAAGGAUCUUUCUGCUUUUUCUUUUUAUUACGGUGUUUUUUAUUGUACUGUCAUAGAUGGAAGAAAAAGUACCGUUUCUCAUUUUUUGUCAAAGGAAAUGCAUUUACUUUAUGUGUUGCUGAGGUAAUACAUGAUGCUUUUUAGA